CCGCGCGAGGCAGAGGUCGGAAGCAAAUAACGCCGCUUUCUUCCCUCCUCGGCCAACACUUCCCUAACCAAAACUUCGCCAUUGGAAUUCUUCAGACAAAAACUUUAAUACUACUACAGACUACAGAGUAUUCAGAAUUUCAGUGAAGUGUUCAGAAUUUCUGUGUUCCCCAAAAAUGGUGCCUUUGGCGCCUCAAAAUUUUCAAAAAUUUCUCCGACUCGGUGCUUUCUCUGCUUCUCGGCUUUUCUCAACACUCCCCUUGUUCAAUUAUCAGAAUGGGUUUUCCUGGAGACAAGUGAUAGAUAGUCGGCACUUCUCUUCAGCAGCUGAAGCUCCAGAAUUUGAGUUUGAUGACAUCCCUAAUGAUGCCAAGGCAACAGAGAAAGAUGCUGCUUUACGUGUAGCUCUAUCACAGCUUGCUGGUGAAUUUGGGAAGGAAUCAAUGCUGUCUUUGCAGCGCUUCUUUCGCUCUAGGCGUGCACCAGUGAUUCCUACAGGCUCACUGAGGCUUGACCUAGCCCUUGGGAUUGGUGGGCUACCAAAGGGAAGGAUUGUUGAGAUUUUUGGGCAAGAAGCAUCUGGGAAGACAACGCUUGCACUUCAUGUUAUUAAGGAGGCUCAAAAGCUAGGAGGUUAUUGUGCAUAUCUGGAUGUGGAAAAUGCAAUGAAUCCUUCCCUUGCUGAAUCUAUCGGUGUAAAUAUAGAUAAUCUCCUCAUUUCACAACCAGAUUCUGCAGAGAAUUUGCUCAGUAUGGUUGAUACACUGACAAAAAGCAGGUCUAUAGCUGUGGUUGUUGUUGACAGCGUGGCCGCUCUUAUUCCACAACUUGAAAUUGACAAUGUGGAGGUUGGCUCCACUAAAGACAUACAAUCUCAAAUAAUGACGCAAGCACUAAGAAAAAUUCGUUAUUCAUUGUCCAAUUCUCAUACUCUUAUCAUAUUUGUUAAUCAGGUGCGAGCAAAUCUGAAGUCAGCCCAAGGAAAUCGCCCAGCAGAUCAGGUAACUUGUGGUGGGAAUGCUUUACCAUUUUAUGCUGCUGUGCGUAUGAAACUAUUCAGGAAAGCUUUGCUAAAGACUCAGGAUAAGGCUACUGGUCUUGGGAUCUGUGUGAAAGUAAUUAAGAAUAAACUGGCACCUGCAAUGACAAACGCUGAGCUGACAAUAAAAUUCGGGCAAGGUAUCUGCUGUGAGUCUGAGAUUUUGGAAUUGGCUUGUGAGCAUGGAAUUAUUUUGAACGAAGGUGGCAGCUAUUUUAUAGAAGGUAAAACUUUGAACACCAAAGAGGAAGCUGAAGAUUUUCUUACUGCAAAUUCUAGUGUUUUGGAUCACAUAGUUAAGAAUUUGAGGUGUCAAUUAUUUGAGAGGAAAUCAAAGCCAGAGUAGAUCCUGUCACACUUUUAUUGGCAUCAAGCGUUCAACAGCUCGGGAACCUGGCUAAUCUCCCGAAAUAUUUAACUGUGCACUAAAAAUGUAAUUCGUUGCAGAAACAUGACUAAGCAGCACAUCAAGAAUCAAGCAUCCGCAAGGGCUCAAUUUUUUUUUGGAACACAUUUGACUUUCGUUUCUGCAGAAUGCAAAAUUCUUCUAUCCUUGAUGCAGAGUUGAAAGAGCGAAGGGCAGCUCAAGCGUUUGGUCUGAUUGUGUGAUAUGGUGAUUACCGGAUGAACUAAAUCGAAAGGAUCUUGAUCCGUUAGAAUUUGUUGCAUCAAGAUUGAAGACAAUUUAGCAAGGUGGAAUAUGGUGGUGAAACAGUUAGUUCUCCUGUAUUUUAAUAUUGGCUGGGAUUUUUUAGCGUUUCCUGCAAAGUUCAAUGCUAUCAAUCAGCCAUAAGAUUUUUACAGAGUCAAGGAAAUAGCUUCUAUGUAUUAUACGUUUUGGUUCUCUAUUUUUCCAUUUUUACUAGAAAUUUUAGGUAAUUAUGUGGUACUGAUCUGAUGUUGUUUCUUGACCCCGUACUUACCUUGUACCAUCAACAAGUACAAUAGCAUAGUGAUAAUUUUUCUAUUUUAACUUAA